AUGCCGAAACCAAGGAAAUCAUUUACCGACAACCAUUUAGGAGUUGUGCUCAGCUUGGAUCCUGGUCCACGGAAAUCAUCGCGGUUUCAACCAUGGUCCAACCUUUCAUCAAGGGCGAAAUAUAUUACAUCAGCUACAAAAGCGUCAAUAUCUAUAGAAGUGCUUCCGCAACAUCGGAAGGCCCGGUGCGGCUUGCUAGGUGUUUUAUUGAGCACUGCCUAUCCUCGUUCGCCCACUUUCCGAUGUUCAGACAACACGGCCUUGGAGGGGAUAUUUACGAAGUUCGCGCGCUAUAAGCACUUGAGUGUUAAACAAGGAAGCCGAUUGCAAAAGCAGCAACAUUUUCUCAGGAAUUGGAGGGCUGCAUAUUGCGUAGAAUUUCUUGAGGUCACGGCCCACCAUCAGCCAGUGAUGUGCUCCAUAAAUCAACUCAAACUCCCUGGCAAGAAAGUUUGGACAAAGCUAUCCAGCAAGCCAAUCAAGCUUGGCUCCCCUAGUUAUGUAACCUGGUUUGCAUCCGUUCGUGGUGGUGAUAAUUACCGUAUUGAGCCGACAUACCUCAGCCGGUUUUCACGGCUAGUCAAUUGUUGGCUCCUCGGAUUACAAGGAUGGGGCCUGGACACGUUAGCCGGUAGGCUACUGCUGGGUCCCACCGCCCGCGAAAAUUGA